UGUAUAUAAAGGGUAUUAAAAUGGGAUGAGACAAGAUAUUUGGAGACAGGUUAGGUGGUGCAGUAGCCUAGAUAUACCAUAAAUUUGUACAUUGGAUAUGCAAAAAAAUAAAAAAGAUGGAUUUGAGAGAUGUGCCUGAAGUAGGCUCACCUGGGUUUGUGGACUUGUCCAAUAUGGAGGGCGAAGAAGGGGAGUAAAAAAUGACGGGGUGUGUAAUGAUGCCAUGCCUGAAGGUGGUAAGGAGUGUUGGGAGGGGGCUGAGUUUUGAACAUAAUGUGUUUCAGAUAUGGGAGAACAUGCUGAAGACAAGGUCAGAGCUCAAGAGAGAUCAGGCCAAAGAUCAGAGCUCAAGAGAGAUCAGGCCAAAGAUUAAUGAAUCUGCAGCCUAAUCACCACUUCACAUCCGCAAGCAGAGCCCUUCCCUAACUCUGCAGCUUAAGCAGAGGUCAGAACACCUGAGGCGAUCUGCUGAAAUUCUGAAAAUCCAUUCCUCGCUGCCGAAGAAUUAACAGGAUGCUAUCCAAUGAGUCCCUACAGUCGCCUGCAUUCAGCCGCUCCAACUCACAAGCCUCCGUAGACAGCGCCUCCAUGGAGGAUUUCUGGCGGGAAAUAGAAAGUGCCAAAGAGAGCAGCAUGGGGGCACUGGAAGAGCCCACGCCAGCCGAGGCCAAGCCCGUGGAUGAAGGAGAGCUUGAAGCAGAGUGGUUGGAAGACGUGGGUUUGUCAGCCCUGAUCUCGGGUGAUGAAGAGGAGGACGGCAAAGCCUUGCUCUCUACACUGACUCGAACCCAAGCGGCUGCAGUGAAGAAGAGAUAUAAUACUUACACUCAGACCAUGAGAAAAAAGAACAAGCACCCUGUCAGGGAUGUCAGAGACAUCUUUGGAGUCAGCGAGUCUCCUCCAGGUGAUACCUGUGACAGCCAUCCUAGUCAGUUGGAUGACACCCAUGAGGAAAAAGAGCUGCCGGGAAUUAUCAAAACAGGUGGUUCCUUGCCAGAUGAUGCUUCUCUCAACAGUACUACCUUGUCAGAUGGGUCCCUGGAUGAAGAAGAGGGUUUUGCAGUUCCGAGGAGUGGUUCCGUGUCUAUCCUUGAGACUAUUCCAGACACACCAGUUCACUCCAAUGGAUCAGCAGACCCUGGACAGUCAGUUCAGAACGCAGUGAGUGAUGAUGACUAUCUGGAAAAGAACAUUUCAUCGGAAACUGAAGAGCUGUCCUAUGAAGUAUCUUAUUCAGAGAUGGUUACAGAGGCUCCAAAAAGGAAUAAAUUAAAGAAGUCAGAUUUUAAGAAAGAAGACUAUGUUCUACCUAAAUUUAUUGUUCAGAAAACCAGAUUUGGCCUCACUGAAGCAGGAGAUCUGUCUGCUGAAGAUAUGAAGAAAAUCCGCCAUCUCUCUCUGAUUGAACUGACAGCCUUUUUUGACGCCUUUCGGAUUCAACUGAAAAGGAACAAAACAGAGAAAGUAAAAGGACGAGAUAGUGGGAUUUUUGGAGUUCCUCUUACAGUCCUGCUGGACAGUGACCGAAAGAAAGACCCUGGAGUGAAAGUUCCCCUCGUGUUACAAAAAUUCUUCGAGAAAGUUGAGGAAUCGGGGCUGGAAUCUGAAGGGAUUUUUCGACUUUCAGGAUGUACUGCCAAAGUCAAGCAAUACCGUGAAGAACUGGAUGCCAAGUUUAAUGCUGAUAAAUUUAAAUGGGACAAAAUGUGCCACAGAGAAGCCGCAGUCAUGUUGAAAGCAUUUUUCAGAGAACUGCCCACCUCUCUCUUCCCCGUGGAAUAUAUCCCUGCCUUCAUCUCUCUGAUGGAAAGAGGGCCUCACAUCAAAGUACAGUUUCAAGCCUUACACCUCAUGGUCAUGGCCCUGCCCGAUGCCAACAGGGACACAGCCCAGGCCCUCAUGACAUUCUUCAAUAAAGUCAUUGCCAACGAAUCAAAAAACCGAAUGAGUAUAUGGAACAUUUCUACUAUAAUGGCACCAAAUCUUUUCUUCAGUAGAAGCAAACAUUCUGACUGUGAAGAAUUAGUCUUAGCGAACACUGCAGCCCACAUCAUCCGCCUAAUGCUUAAGUACCCGGAAAUUCUGUGGAAGGUUCCAGCUUUCUUAAUCACUCAAGUCAGAAGAAUGAAUGAAGCCACUAUGCUGUUAAAGAAACAACUCCCAAGUGUCAAAAAGCUGCUAAGGAGGAAGACCAUAGAACGAGGGGUUACAAGCCCCAAGACUUCAAAGGUACUACAAAAAUCACCCUCUACAAGAAGAAUGUCUGAUGUGCCGGAAGGAGUCAUAAGGGUCCAUGCUCCGCUUCUCUCCAAGGUAUCCAUGGCCAUUCAGCUCAACAGUCAAACCACAGCCAAGGAUAUCCUGGCAAAAUUUCACUGUGAGAACAGUCAUGGUUCAUCGGAAUACAUUAAGAUUCAGAACCAAAGGUUGUAUGAAAUUGGAGGUAAUAUAGGACAGCACUGCUUGGAUCCAGAUGCUUAUAUAUUGGAUAUAUAUCACGCAAAUCCGCAAGCAGAAUGGGUGAUUAAACCCCAGCCAAGUGUUUGAAAUACCCCCCAAGAUGGCAGCCAUCAUCAUGUUACAUGCCAGGAAGUCCUAUGUUUGGUAGAGGAAAAAUAAGACUGGUUUUGACAUGUGUGUUCCUACAGCCCUCUUGGUGUCUCACAGUGUGAACUGUGAAAGAGGAGCUGGUUGACCAUUUGAGCUGAAGCUUUCUCACGAUGGUUCCUUGAUAAGAGUGAAGGAAAGAAGAGGUGAUCCUUCCAGAAGAAAGGCCAACAUAGAAUAUGGAACUCUAAUCAUUUCUAAUACUUUUGACUUCACAGCAGACAUGAACUUGGUCCUGUACCUGGGAACAGGAAACACCAAACAGAAGAGGUGGAAAAGACUUUUUUAUACUUAUGUUUUAUAUAUGUAUACACACACACACACACACACACACAUAUAUAUAUAGACCUUUUUGAACCAGAAUUCCAGAAAUAACAAAAAUUUCUGAUCUAAAAAAUAAUUCAGAUCUACUUUCCAAAGAAUCCAUUUCCGAAGUCACAAUACAAUAUUUAUGUUCUGACUUGCUCCUGAGUUGGAGGUGGAGAGACUUCUGUGUAAAGAACACUGUAUUGUUACAUAUGUUGUACUGUGUUAUUCUGGUGCAAAUGAACAUUUCCCUAUCCUUGAGCAUUGACGUUUUUAAAGCUCAUUCUCUUAUGAGCACAGGCCCCCGCAGUUAAGGUUGGUUUGACGAAGGGUGUUCUUGUGCUCUCAUAACCUUUGUUGUAGUCAGCAGUCACGGAGCCUCUGUCUUCUCGUCACGAUCGUGGUGCUCGGUGAAUAGCUUUCCAUGUGCCAGACACAGAUUUCCUUUCCUUAUUUAACAUAUCAUUUUUAUAUUUCACAACUGUAGAUAAUCACUUCUGCAGCCCCAGUUUUAAAAUGCAGAACUGCCUUUAUCCAACUGCUCUUUAUCCAACAGUGCUGAAAAAUACUAUUAUAUCCAGAUUUUCUAUGCUGUAAAAACAGAUUUUGUUUCUGUUCAUCAAUCAUAGACUUGGCCAAGCACUGUGGAUUAGCACCAGGCUUUAAAAUCAGAUGCAUGUUUGGUGAGCUGAAAACUGUCUUGCUGUCAAGAUCCUGCGGAGCCAUUUUCCAGACCUUCAAUUGGUGAGAACGCAAAAUUCUCCAUGCUUCUGACUGAGAGCAAAUCUAAAAUGUGCUGGGGCUCAGACAGCCCUGCCUUUCAUCUGGAGGCUGCAAUAUAGUCCUUCCAGGGUUGGCUAGAAAUGGGGGCAGAGGUCUUAUACAUCCCACGUGUGUGCUUUGGAUUAGAAUCUACAGAUUGAGAUUUUAAUGAAUUUCAGUUUUAAUGAAACUUAAUGCCCAGAUGACUCUCUUGCAAUUCAAACAAUAGACAGAGUUGCUUACAAAGGCAGAAAACAUUCUAUCUGCUUACCAAGUCUCAAAACAUAAUGUGAUAAUGUAAGCCCAUAUUAUAGAAGUCUUUUAUAUCCUCAUUGUGCCUUGAUAUCUGUAAAGCCAUUACUUAUAUUCAGCAUGGAGAUAAUUGCAUUUCUGGCCAUUAGACUUUGUUAUGAUUUUUAUAGAAAACUCAAAUACCUAUUCGUUUUAUUUGUUUAUUUGAGAAUUUUUAUUUCAUUUGCCCGAAAACCCAUUAGAAGGUAAAUGUGUUCUAUUGGUUUAUAUUUAUUCCUACAUUUCAUCAGUUCUCAAUGCAUGGCUAAUUGAUGGCGUCUGAGUUUACGUAACAGACUUGAAUGCACUGAAGUGAUUAACGUUACUGCCGGAAUAAGUCUGAUAUCUCAUGACAUUUCAAGCAUUUUCCAUCUGACACCAGGCAUUUGAGGGUCUGAAAAAAUGCUGUUCUCAUUUUUGCAAUUCACACAACAGAAGUAAACAUUUUACUUCAUGUGGUUGCUGAGAUUCAAGACAUAAGAUAGCAGUAAUUUAUGUCCACAUGCAUUGAAGAAAUUCUUCCAGUUAGCUACCUUAUACUUCUGCAUAUAUUAAAACAAUGACUGAUUUUUCUCAUUGAGUUACCUGUCAUUUAGAAUAAAUUCUGUUGUGUUUUGAAAAUUCACAAAUCUAUCCAUUUAAUUUUUUAUUUGGGAAUUUUUACUUCAUUUGACUGAAAAUACAUUAGGACUGAUGCAUAAUUUCUGAAGGUUUUAAGAUUUGCUCCACUGGUCAUUAGUUUUAAGUAAAUGGCUAAUAGGUGACAGGUAAAAAACAUUAAGUUUCUGAAUUUCUUAUCUACUUUUGGGUAGUUUUAGGUUGUCAGAGACUUGGCCCAGUCAAUAACUUUAAAUUAAUCACUUCAAGGCAUUCAAGGAUGUGUGACAAUUUUCUAGUAACUAUAUAAUACGGAAGGCCAUGUCAAUACCAAUAUUACUGGAUGUAAUUUUUAUUCUUAGUCAUAGGGUUAACUAACUGAUUAGGGAAAAGUUUACAGUAGACACACGAACUAAUUUUUGUGUGGUUAAAGAAAUUCUUUUUACUCAUUUUGUUCCUUUUUUUUAAACUAAUUUUAUUCUUAAUGAAUAAACAAAUCUUUACAGUUAAAAUUUAAAAAUGCCCACUAUCUAAGUAUUGAAAAAAACUAGUCUUUGCCUUAUGAAGAGUUGUUUUUAAAUAGUUGCAGUACUCUGCAAAUAUGAAAAAUGUAUCUACAGACAAAAGAAGCUUGAGACCCUGGGCUUCUAAGUUCUGUUCUUCAUGACUUCCCACCUCACCCGGUCCCAAGUGCUCCUGGUGUACAGUUAGGAAGAUAAUAUCCAGAAAGGCAUUAAAGACAGUUAACAUUUUAGGCCCUUAUGCAGAAAAAAGCCCCAGAACUGGCUCAUUCUUUCCCCAUUUCUACAAAAGAAGACCCCAUUGUUAAACAGCUCACUUAGGGAUAUGAUUCUUGGAGUCAUUGAUCUUUGAACAAACUGGAAUAUUAAUCUCUUUACAAUGUGUAUACAGUAUAAACUACCUCACUUGUCUUUCUUGGGAAGAAAAUUGACGGACGUUAACAAUUUUCGUUACAAAAUAUUAUUUAAGUCACUUUGGUUAGCUUUCAGUGUACAUUUAAUAAUAUACGUUUAAUGAUGUAAAGUAUUUUUAGCAAAGGCUUUAAAACCAAAAAUACCCUGUGACUGUGACGUGUGGUGUAGAUGCUGAGAAUCCAAGUCCCUUAGUCAUUGUCGUGUGUUUUUAACUGUGUUGAGAUGCAGGUUUUGAAAGGUCCGAAUUAAUUUCAUCUCCUUUCACACAUUUUCAACUGUUUUCUCCACAUUGCACUUGACUGAAAGUAACAGGUUGGUGUCUCUUCUUCCUAUCAUGCAUAUUUGAACUGAUUUUCAUAAAUGUAUUACACAUCUGAAAGGAAUAUAUAUUAUGGGAUUGACUAGUUCCUGUUUUCUGACAGGCACUUUCAACCUUUUUUUUUUUUUCAUAAAUACGUCACUUAAUAAAUAAUGUGACAUGGAUUAAAAUGUUUCUUUCAGGCAUUUUCAACAGUUUCAUACACACACACACCCCUUAAUUUUAAAAUAACAUUUUCUUUCAGGCAUUUUCCAACUAUUUUCUAUAACUAUGUGAUUUGCUUGAAAAAUUGUAUAUUGUCACUAGGAUGACAGUUUUUUAUGUUGUCUUCCAUCUCAAAAGUGAAUAUUGAUACUUCUGUCCAUCAGUUUCAUUGUUAAAUAUACUGUGUAUGUUGCAUUUUA